AUGAUCUCCUGGACGCCAACCCGCAUCCCAACAUUCGUGGUCGUCGGUGUCCUGGUCACAAUUGUCGCGAUAGCCGCCAUGAGAGCCGCCAGGCAAGACAGCUCGUCCCUCGUCUCGAAACUCAAAAAUCCUCAGUGUCAAAGCGGCUCUCUUCUUUGCUGCAAGCACAUCGCGAGCGGUCAGGACGAGCUGAAGGUUGUCACCGGUCUCCUCAAACUGCUUAACUCCACGGUCGAGUUAGACGGCUCUGCCCACGUCGGGACGCAGUGCAAGUUGAUGGCCAGCCAUGAUCGGUGUGUUGGAAAGACAAUUUGCUGCGACACCAUCCACCAGGAUGGCCAAAUCGUCACAGGAUGUCAAGAGCCUGUUGAGAAUGUAGAUUAA